CCGGGCCCCGCGCAUUCUUCCUCUGGUUCCUUUCAAGAGCUUGGGGACGGGUCUUACGCCGGGCGCGCCCGCUGCAAGUGGUGCAGGACCGCGUUGUGACACUGCGGUGCAAUCACGCACCGCGCCUAGGACAGGUUUCACCCUGUUCUGCGGUUAAGGAAGCUACGGCCCAGAGAGGACAGUGCCUGGUCCCACGUCCCGGCAGGCAGUCGAGGGCUUAACAUGGUGACCAAGACGAAUUUAUGUAUCCCAUCAACACAUUUAUGUUGUGUGCAUGUUAUGUGCCAACUAUCCUAGGUGCCGGGGAUACAAAGAUGAAAGCGCCUGGAGCAGUUUAAAGUCUAGUAGGAUAUCGAUGAGGGGACAGCGUUUGUAAAACGGGCGGGCCUAUACGGAAUGCAGCAGAGGGUGUGGAAGAAAAAGGUGGACGUGAGAAGUCACCAGGAGCUGCACUCCCUGGCAUGUACAGCGUGUUAAAUGUUAUGACAUGUCAGACUUCCCCUCUAGAAAUGCCGGAUGCCGGUGCCCAGCUCAUUCGCAUACUUACUCCCAAGCUCCUGCAUUUUCACCUUAUGGGAAAACAACAGAUUAUGCCUUUGAGAUGGCUGUUUCAAAUAUUAGAUAUGGAGCAGGAGUUACAAAGGAAGUGGGAAUGGACCUACAAAACAUGGGUGCUAAAAAUGUUUGUUUGAUGACAGACAAGAACCUUUCCCAGCUUCCUCCUGUACAAAUAGUUAUGGAUUCCCUAAUGAAGAAUGGCAUAAACUUUAAAGUUUAUGAUAAUGUGAGAGUGGAACCAACCGAUAAAAGCUUCAUGGAAGCUAUUGAGUUUGCCAAAAAGGGAGCUUUUGACGCCUACGUUGCCGUGGGUGGCGGCUCCACCAUGGACACCUGUAAAGCCGCUAACCUGUAUGCGUCCAGCCCUCACUCUGAUAUCCUAGAUUAUGUCAGUGCCCCCAUUGGGAAGGGGAAGCCCGUGUCUGUGCCUCUUAAGCCUCUGAUUGCAGUCCCAACUACUUCAGGAACUGGGAGUGAAACUACUGGAGUUGCCAUUUUUGACUAUGAACACUUGAAAGUAAAAAUUGGCAUUGCUUCCCGAGCCAUCAAACCCACGCUGGGACUGAUUGACCCUCUGCACACCCUGCAUAUGCCUGCCCGGGUGGUCGCCAACAGUGGCUUCGAUGUGCUUUGCCAUGCUCUGGAGUCCUACACGGCCCUUCCCUACCACAUGCGGAGCCCGUGCCCUUCCAACCCCAUCUCCCGGCCAGCCUACCAGGGCAGCAACCCGAUAAGCGACAUCUGGGCGGUCCAGGCCCUGCGGAUCGUCGCUAAGUAUCUGAAGAGGGCUGUCAGAAAUCCUGACGAUAUUGAAGCAAGGUCCUAUAUGCACUUGGCAAGUGCUUUUGCUGGCAUUGGCUUUGGAAAUGCUGGUGUUCAUCUGUGCCAUGGAAUGUCUUACCCAAUUUCAGGCUUAGUGAAGACAUAUAAAGCAAAGGAUUAUAAUGUGGAUCACCCACUGGUGCCUCAUGGCCUUUCUGUGGUGCUCACCUCCCCAGCCGUGUUCACUUUCACCGCGCAGAUGUUUCCCGAGCGCCAUCUGGAGGCGGCAGAAAUAUUGGGCGCCCACACCCGCACUGCCAGGACCGCAGAUGCUGGGCCUGUUUUGGCAGAUGCACUCCGGAAAUUCUUAUUCGAUCUGGAUGUUGAUGAUGGCCUGGCUGCCGUUGGUUAUUCUAAGGCUGAUAUCCCCGCGUUAGUGAAAGGAACGCUGCCCCAGGAAAGGGUCACCAAGCUCGCACCACGCCCUCAGUCGGAAGAGGAUCUGUCUGCCCUGUUUGAAGCUUCAAUGAAACUCUAUUAAUUUUCAUUUUCACUGAAAGAAUCACCAUUGGCUGUCACAGUUUAAGAUCAGAAGUUGAUCUAAGCAGAGCUUUGUCUUUUCAUCUCCACACAUAACUUCUCUGUUACCAGUUUGAAUGUGAUGUAAGUUUAUCCUGCAGAAGAUUCCCUGAUGCUCAAAGUCAAGCCACUUCCACACUACAGGGUAGACAAGUGCCCCCAAUGUUGGCCCCUCGUUUGCAUUCCUGUCCCAAACCCUGCAGACUUCCCCUGCUUCAUGUAUUAAAUGGGUAAAAACUCAGUAUCUAUCAAAACUGUUCAUGCACAUAUCCUGUGCCCAGCCAUCCAUGUCUAGAAAUUUAUCCUAUAGAAAGUUCUAGCAUGAGUGUAAAGAAAUAUGCCAAGGAUGUUUCAGGCAGCACUUUUUCUAAUAAAAAAUGUGAAAGAACCUAAAUAUUCAUUAAUAGUAUAUUAAUAACUAAAUCACAGUACAUUAAAUAAUGGAAUGCUAUAGUGCUUUUUAAUAAGAAUGAGGUAAAACUGUUGGAAAUAUGUCCAUGAUGUACUGCUAAAUUGGAAGAAAGUAAGUUGCAGAAAAAUUAUAUUUUAGUAUGGUCUGAUUUUUGUUUUUAUUAUAUGUAUAUAUAUGUCUACCUAUACAUAGAAAAGAAAGAUGCACAUCAAAAUAUUAAAAGUUAUCACUGGAGAAAUGGAAUUUGGGGUAUAGAGAAUUAAGAGAAAUUGUUUACUUUAUAUUUUAUACUUUCACUUUUAAUUUUAUAAAUAUCUAUAUUGUUUGGAUUUGUCACAACAAGCAUAUAUCUUCUAAUUUUAAAGGGGGGAAGAAAAGAAAGAAAAAUACCACUUUACUGUUUUAGGUCAGAUUCAUCGUAUUUUAUUAAAAUAUUAGCAACUAAUAUUUAAAAGAUAAAAAUCAAAUACAAAGGGGUAAAAUAUUAGAGACUGGACUUCUGGUAAAUAAAUUGUUCUUUUGAGAAAAACACUAACUGUUUUUUGAAUUGAGGUAACAUUGGUUAAUAACAUUGUAUAAGUUUCAGGUAUAUAUAAAAUUAUAAUUCAAUAUCUGUAUAUACUAUAGAGUGCUCACCACCCAAAGUCUAGUUUUCAUGAGGCACCAUAUGUAUAUUUAACCUCCUGUACCCAUUUUUGCCUUCCCCCACCCUUUUUCCCCUCUCAUAACCACCAAUCUGUA